ACGUGGGUAAACGAAAUAUGACACUAUAAUGAUUGCGUUACUCGUGGCACUAAURAUAAUAAUACACUAACUACACUUACAAUAUUUUUAAUCGCAACGUCUUCGAAUUCCUGGAUAAAACUGCCACUUCUAUGAGUACUAGCAUAGGCUACUUGGUGCCGUGCAUCCUUGCCUCCACCGCGUACAUCGCAAGCAGAGACGCUCUCAUUGCCCACAAGAAUCAAGAAAUGCCGAUUAACCUAUACGUUUUAUUUGUUGGUCCUCCAUCCACUGGAAAGUCACAAGCACUAAUGCAUGGCUCUAUUCUGCCCAUGUCCACACUUAUCGAAAACCACGGUAUCGACAAUUUUAUGAUGGACAAAUGCACUUCCUCUGGCCUCGUCAAAAGCAUUUCAACAAACAAAGAAGGAUUUGUUGUCUCACCCGAAYUCUUCGACAUGCUUAAUAAGCUGUUGAAAUCCGACGAAGACAACGCUACUGGCGAUGCACAACUCUUGUGUGAACUGUUUUCAGGAGAAAGGGUAUCAUAUACCUUCGCMUCGGAGCGUGUACGCGAGAUCGAGCCAAAUGUGCCAUUUUCAAUUGUCGGCGCUACCCAGGUGCCGUUUGCAGCCAAGCUCAUCGCCAGAUUAGACCAAGGCCAUGGACUCCUAGAUAGAUUUCUCAUCUUAUUCCCUCCAUGCUAUCGACCUACAGUAGAAGAAACAGACGCCGCUCUAGACUGGCUCCGUAACCAUACCAACGUAGAGUCUAUCAAAGACAUAUUCAUCGAAUUGUCGGAAAACGUCAGAAAAGCCAACUACAAGUUUACCUACGACGCACAGCAGCUUUUGCAUGCUAUUAGUAUGCAAGAAAUUGAGGACAUCAAUGAAGCAUUGAAACAAGGGCUUCCCGUACCAAAAUGUAAAAGAUGUGACCUCAUCAAACGUCUAGCAGUUUCCCUUCAAAUCUUCAACCACGUUGCAACCUACUUACUCAACGAUGCUAAACCACCACCUACACCAGAGAUGAUCGGAAAAGUAUCCGUCGAGGGAGCGCAACGACUCCUGAACUACGCAAAUACACAGAAGCAAAUAGCAACUGAGUUCAUUAACGACAUCGUGAGCUCAUGCACAGAGAAGGAAACCAAGCAGCCAUCAAAGCUGGAACAAAAAACCGCAAUUCUGAUGUUUCCUGGGCCAAUUACAACUUCUAGAUCCUUCAAGCAGUAUGCCCCACGAUCUCUACGUUCCGUUUCAGAACAAGAGUUUCAACAAGCAGCAAAGGAACUAGAUGCUUUUGGAACAGUCGUCUCGAUACGUGUACCGAGGUMCACAAAGUCUACGAUUGUGUUUAUCAAAAAACACGCCCACGMCAUCGACUGGGAUCAACAAGAUAUCUGCCAGAAAGACCAGUACACUGUGAAAUACAACUUGCCAGUSCAUACCUCCAUUCCCCAAGGAGUCAGGAAUCAGCUCACCAACGCUGGACAUGUUCCUGAAGACUUUUUUAACCAUUGAACUAUAUGAAUACUUUUAACUUCUUCUAGUUUUUCUGUCUGUAGAACAUUUAUUACAUCAUCAAUGCAAUUACGA